UGACUUGACAUUUAAAUUUAAAAACCAACGAAUUCUGUUGAUCUGUUGGUUAAUUGUUAUUAAUAAAUUAUAAAUUAUUAAAUGGAAUCAAAUUAACGAAUACCUACAGUUGGAUUCAGGACCAGGUUUAGAUUAACAGUAAUUUUGAAAAAACCAUUUGCAAAACUGAAAAAUGGAUACAAAAGAAAGAUUGCAACAAUGUUUCGAGAAACUUGGCUUCUCAUCCACAUUUCCAAGUACCCUUCACAUAAAUCCAUCAACCAAUUUCAUUUGGCAACAAAUUAUAAAUAAUGUGAAACCAAAAAAGGAGGUAGAAAUGUAUAAAAAAAACAUAAUAAUCAAUAGAAUUGAGAAUAAAUUGCCACUGAAUGCUUCCCAAUGUCCAGUCCCAGAGAUUGAAAUUUAUAAUCGCCUCAACACUGUUAAAGAAGACAUAGCUAAAAUAAAAGCUCGAAUUCUUGAAAAACAGAAUAAACAGAGUUCUCUCCAAAGUAAUAAUAGAGCCAACUAUGUAAUUAUUAAUAGCAUGAAAGAGAGAAACGAAGAACAGAGAAUUAAACUUUAUGCCAUCAAACUUAAAUGCAACCAUUAUAAGAAUGAGGUGAAAGAAAUUAAAGAAAUACUCAGCAAGAGGGAAAUAUCAUCAGUUCCGAUGGAACUGAGUGUGUCAUCUGAUUCAAUAUCUGAACAACUGCAUCAUCUUCUGGUGGAAACUGAAAAAUGUAGUAUUAACUACCGAUAUGCAGAUAUGAAGCAACUUGAAUGCACACUUUCCCAAACAAGUAUGCCCAGUAUAAAGCGGUUGUCAAAAGUUUGCUUCAGUACUGUAAAAAAAAGCCAACGAAGAGUUAAUGAUUUACAACGUUUUGUUAGCUGUAAUAACCUUCCUACUGCCAGGGCACUAUUCACAGAAGCUUCUAAAGAGAACAACACAAAUAGGAUUAACUGCGAUGAUUUGCAUUUGUUAGAUAAUUCCGGAGAUCUUCUGCCUGAAUCAUGCUUCAAUUUUGAAGCCGAUGAUCAAUUUCUGCUCUCCUCUCAGCCAAGUUACAAACAGACAACUAUAAAAUCAAAUUCAAACAUCACGUCCUCCAAGGGAGAUAUAUUUGGAACCGAUACAAAUAUAUGUGGGCAAUCAUAUCUCGAAAAAAGGAAACAGAAACGUGAUUAUUUCACUCAAGCUUUCUCAAAUAGGCAUAUAAAUGAGAACAUUGAGAAUAUAUUCAAAAAUAGUAAUAGGGAGAUUAUUUGGCAUUCCCUUUGUUCCCUCCUGAGGAGUGUAAAGUUAGAAUUAGAACAGAGCAUGGGGAAAACGAGUUUCAGAAACAGGGAAAUUUGUAGUGAUGAUCUUUUACCUUUAAAUUUCAUCUUCAUCAAAAAUAAUUUGUUGUGUUUGAAGAGCAAAAAACAAAUAAAAGAACUGAAAACCGCUAUACGAGAAAAAAAAUCUGAAAUUGAGAAGAAACUAUGUAAACUUGAAGAAGGAAAUAUCAAGUCGUUAGAAUUUCAAAUGGAUGCAAUCAAAUUAGAAGGUGCUAUUCAUUUCUUACAUAAGGAAGUUUAUAACAACAAUACAAGUGAUCAUCAAACAACACUCAAAACCUUGAAGACAAGAAUGAAUAAAAUAAAAAAUGAACUUCAAAUGAAAGUUGAAGAAAUUGAGGAUUACAUUGAAAUAAAAGAAGAUCUGAUGCAAAGAAUAAAAAAAUGUCAAGAGGAUACCUUUGUGUGUGUCAGGAAAUUGAACAAGUUUUUAUUCAAUCCAUCUUGGGCUGAUGGUUUGAGUGAAAAUAUAAAUUCAAAUGAAAUAGAAGUUUUUCAUGAUUAUCCAAUGGAUUUCAUUAAACGUUUCUAUUUUGUUGAUAGAGAUACUUUCUACAGAGAUUCGAUGAAAGAUUUCUCAAUGGACCAAUUGACACCCAAUGAUAUUCUAUACGAAUUAACAUCUUUAUUGCAGCACCCACAUAAACCUCCAGAAAAAAUAUUUGCAGUUAUAUUACAGAAAAUUUAUAAACUGCAGGUGUUAUCAUCUCUGGAAUACCCAGAGGUAAUACUUCCAGAAAAACAAUAUUCAUUUCUAGAGUUUCAAGGAAAAGAAAUUUAUAUGGAUACAUUUUGUGAGAAAAUAAAUGCCUUCAUACAUUCCAACAAGGUGCAUCACAUACUGAGAAGCUCAUCUUAUUUAAGAUCAAAUAUGGAUUUGUGGUUAGAUAUGCCUUUCAGGCGUUUUAUUUCACAGGAUAGGAUUGUAGAUGAUAAAACUUAUAAUGAAUAUGAGGAAGCGUUCAAUUACCUUAAGAAUAAUAAAUGAAAGUAAAGAAUUUAUAUUAGAGAUUUGAAUAAAUUUUAUUUUUUUUAAAA